CAUAACCUCAAAAAUAAUUUAAUUUAAAUUUUCUAAGAUAACCGUCUACAUGACAUCACAUAAGAUUAUUUAUCAAUUCUCUAAAAAAAAUACAUUAAAUCAUGAAUCACAGCCGCGAUUGAUAAGCAAAUCCACAAGCGUGAUAGCAAAACUGCACAGAUAAAUUUUUUCUACAACAUUUGCCAAACCGUCAGUGUGUUUCGAGACAUUACAGACGCAUCAUGGCAUUUAAAAUUUUCCUAUUUUUGGCACUUUUGUACGUCGCUCAAGUCAACAGUCAACUCACGGUCCUUCCAGAUGUUGAUGAUUUUGCGAGCAGAUUCAUGGCAAGGAUUCAUCACGAGGAUAGAAUUCGAGGAUCACUUCUUAGUAAUGGAUUCUUCUUUAAUGCUAGAACAAUCGUCACAACUGGAUCUGCUGUCUUUGGCUUAACAAUGGCACAACUUCGAGUCGAAUUCGGCAACACAAAUCUUAUUGGACUUCAAUCAGCAAGACCAGAAACUGUCAUCUUUCACCCAGAUUUCAAUGCAAAUAAUUUACUUGAAAAUAAUUUGGCAAUUGUGAGGUUAAGUGCGGCUGACUCAAACAGAACAGGACCUAAUGUCAUGACAUACCGAGAAAUCGGAAGACUCAUUCGUGGAAAUCACUUCUGUUCAAAACUUGGGUACGGUGAGCUAUUAUCAGACCAAUGGCAAGGACGUGAACCAAUGAGGAUGAUUCCAUCAAUCGUCGAGUCCAAUUCAACAAUGUGUAACUUCCUUUUCCGUGGUGAUUUUACAUGCUCAUUUGGACGUGCCGGUGAAUUUGGAUUUUGUGGUGGAUUUGUUGGAUCUCCAAUCAUUUGUGAUGGCGAGCGAGUCAGUGGAAUGGUCGUUGUUGAUAAUUUUUGUGGACUAAGGCCAGUGUCUUACAUCAUGGACCUUGAGAGACAUGCUGAAUGGAUUCAUCGACAGUCCGGAGCCGAAAAAGUCUUGGCAUCAAUUUUCAUGAUUUUUGUUGUCUUUUUAACAUCGAAAAUUCUUUAAUUUUUUUUUAACGCGAGGUUGAAUGUGGAUUAUGUGGAUUAGUGCUAUCAGAUGGCAGUGCUGAUUGUGAUUGAAUCCAUGAGAAAUAUUUUAUCGGAUAUAGGAUUAAGAUUAUUUAUGAGAUAAAUAAAGUUGAGAAUUUGAU